AUUUUUUUCUGCUUCAGGUAGCUCGCUGCUGUUGCUUCUUCCUUCCUCCCCCCUUUAAAUUAAAAAAAAACUGAUUGUUUAUUUUUCUGGUCUUUCUCUGUUAGUAAAAUUCCUCAGCACACACUCUCUGACCUCUCUCUCUCCUCUCCUCUCCGCUAACCUCGAGAUUUCAAGGUCGAAGAACAAUAAUGGACGGGAAUGCACAGUAUAAUCCGCGAACCGUUGAAGAAGUUUUCAGAGAUUUCAAGGGUCGAAGAGCUGGCAUGAUCAAAGCUCUCACUUCCGAUGUUGAUGAAUUUUACCAGCAAUGUGACCCAGAGAAGGAGAACCUUUGUCUGUAUGGAUUUCCAAAUGCGCAGUGGGAAGUGAACUUACCGGCAGAAGAGGUGCCUCCAGAGCUCCCUGAGCCUGCUUUGGGUAUUAAUUUCGCGAGAGAUGGAAUGCAAUCGAAGGAUUGGCUGUCACUUGUUGCUGUUCAUAGUGAUGCUUGGUUACUUUCUGUUGCCUUCUACUUUGGAGCCAGAUUUGGAUUUGAGAAACCUGAAAGGAAACGUCUGUUUAGUAUGAUCAAUGACCUGCCUACAAUAUUUGAGGUUGUGAGUGGAAAUGCAAAGAAGCAAUCAUCAAAUUCAAAAGAAAAGACAUCAGUUUCAAACAACAGCAGCACCAAACCCAAAUCAAACUCAAAAUCUGCGAAGUAUUCUUCGAAAGGGCCACAACCACUAACAAAGGACGAAGAAGAUGGUUUUGACGAGGAAUUCGAAGAGGAACACGGCGAUACACUUUGCGGUGCUUGUGGAGAUAACUAUGCUUCAGACGAGUUCUGGAUUUGCUGCGACAUAUGUGAGAGAUGGUUCCAUGGCAAGUGUGUGAAGAUAACCCCGGCUAGGGCUGAGCAUAUCAAGCAGUAUAAGUGCCCCUCAUGCAGCAGCAACAAAAGAUCUAGGCCUUGACUUUCUAUUUGUAUUCCACUCCAUUUGAUGAGGAUAUUUCUGCUAAUUGUGUAGGUGGGUAGCUCUUAAUUAGUGCUUAAUGCAUUUAUCCUGGUGUUUAUUCGUGUGCCUAGAAUUAUGUUAAUUAUUAUAUGAGAUAGUUUGCAGAUUAUGAUGUUUAUGUUACUUAUCAACUGUGCAUUUGGGUUUGUAAUCUAUGUCAGUAGAGAGAGUACUCCUGUUACUAACUAUUUCCCAACUAUUCUGAAAUCAGUUGUUGGUUUUCAGAAUGCAAUUUAUCAUUUGCCAAGAGUUGUUUUAA